UCUCAGAUAGGAGAAAAUCUUACCCUCUUAUGUUCGUUCAAUCAACGAAGCACACAUUGGCAUUGCCACAUGCGCUUGUUCUCUCUGCUGAUCUCUGCUUCUUCUUCCACACUGUUUCGAUUUUCCACUUCCAAGGAUAAGCAUCCUUAUCUGUUAUUUUUUCUCGCCUGCUCAAAGUCAUUUUCUUAGUUCCUGGUGGAAUAAGCAUUUUCAACUAUGGCCAUUUACGGAACCACCUUAUCCUUCAAUGGACUUUCUUCUACUACCAAGGAGUUUAAUAUCUUGCCGCAUUCAUUAACCGGUAGCUUUCGGAAGCUCCAUCAUGUUUGUCUGCCUUCCUUUACUCCAAACAGAUUAGUUUUGGGCAAAAGUUUUGGAAGAGGAGACCAACCGUGGCUUUUGCCUAGUCAAUUUCCGAAGUUGCAAAUGGGAAGAUUCAGACUGGGAGUAAAAAGUGAAGAUUCUGAGAGCAUAUUGAGUAGCGACAACAUAGCAUUGGAUGAGCAGACUUUGGAAGAGGAGCUACAGCAUGCCAUAGCUGAAGAGAAUUAUGCUAAAGCAGCAGAAAUAAGGGAUACUCUGAAAAACCUUCAGAAAGAUAGCAAGACAACGGUAUGUGGAGCAAACAGUCGGUUUUACGAGUCAUUCAGGACGGGUGACCUUGCAGCCAUGCAAGCCCUGUGGGCAAAAAGGGAUGGGGUAUGUUGUGUCCACCCUGGUUUGAGAGGAAUAUCCGGUUAUGAUGAUGUUAUCGAGAGCUGGAAUUUUGUAUGGGCUAACUAUGAAUUCCCGCUAGAAAUUAAGCUAGAAGACAUUAAGGUUCAUGCUAGAGGGGAUAUGGGGUAUGUCACUUGCAUGGAAUUUGUAAAGACGAAAGGGGGCAGAUGGGGAGGUCAAUUUGUAACGAAUGUGUUUGAAAAGAUUGAUGGACAGUGGUUUAUUUGUGUCCAUCAUGCUUCCCCAGUAGACUUGUGAAUUCAUCAAACUUUGCAAUAUAUAGAUAGAUAGGAAGUUCACUCUGUAGCUCAUCCUUGAUCCUUCUCACUUUCUAUGUUUGUAUCCAUUUUUGUUACGUUGGGGCCGAAUCGUCACUCAUCUCCAAAGAUUCUGAGUUGUAAGAUUACAACUUGACUGUACAACAAAUAAUCUGUAGAAGUUGGGAUGUGGAUUAAUGAAAUUUUGAUAAAGUGCCUGCAGUCUCAUGUAAA